AUGUCCGAAUUUGUUGCCAAACACAUGUCUGCUGGAUAUAAAUGCGAUGAACCAACUUGUGAAUAUAAAUCGAAUCAUCAAACAAUGAAAUGGUGUCGAGAAGGAUUGGAAUGUGUGAAAUGUUCGACGGGAAUUUUUUGAAAAGAACACACUUCCAAACAGUUAUUCGAUCAACAAAUAUUUUGGAGAAAUAUUUUGGAUGUUGAAAAUGCGCUGGGAAAAUUGACGGCUUCUGAAGCUAGUGAGAUUUUUUUCUAGUCGAGCCGAGCCUUGAAAUCCUAAUUGUCAAGUAGGCGCGUCUAGAGAGCAUAGUUAUCUAGUAGCUGAGCUUAGAGAUAUACCUUGGCAAGGGGUCACGCCUGAGAGAACUAUGUUAAGUAACCGAGCCCAGGAAUCCUAGUUGUCAAGUAGAUGUGCCUAGAAGGCGUAGUUCACAAGUAGCCGCGCCUUUAGAACUUUAUUUCCCAGAACCAGCAUCGAAAGAUGCACUCCGGCGAAGGGCCACGCCUUGAGGACAUAUAUUCCAAGUUGACCAACCUGAAGAUCCUAGUUGUCAAGGAUCAGAGCAUUUUUAUUCAGUAGUCGUGCCCAAAGAAAGUAAAUAUCUAGGAACCGUUCCUUGAGCGCUUCUAUGACAAGUAGUCGCGCCUAGAAAGUUCAAUUGUCAAGGAUCAGCAUCUAGAAAUCUUGAUUAUCUUCAGCGCCUUGAGAACUGCUAUAAUAAGUAGCCGAGCCUAGAUACCCUCAUUUUAUCUGGUUUUUUUUUAUUUUCAUCAUCAAAUCCUCUUCUAUUUUUCAGAAAGUGCCCGAAUGCGACCAGAAUUUGCUGAAACACGAAACGAAUCAAUCGGAAUGAUGAAUCUCACCAGUGUUAUUAUUUUGUAA